AUGAUACCCGAGGAAGAAUACGGUUUACUAUCACAACAGCCAGAUGAGGCAUCAGACGAUGAACAGGAGGAAGCUAUCGAGUUCAUAUCCUACGCAGAGAGCGAUGAUGAUGAUGAAGAUCCUUAUUUCAUGCCAGAACACAACAAACGAACGAGCACAUGGACGUUUCUACGGCUCACUUGCGCUCCUAUUCAAGUUGUUCGAUUCCUUAUACCCGCUGUUUGCAUCCUCACCAUCAUCACCUAUACCAUCGUUAUCGCUAUUGUUACAGAAAAGAAAAAGAUUCAUAACACAUGA